AUGUCUUCAGCUCUUAACGAUACUUCCGUCCACCCAACAGGUGCUCAAGGCGUAGCACCAGGUAUCCAAAAUGUAUCGACCUCUUCUACCGCUCAAUCCGACGAUGUGUUUGCGACAGGCGGUCAACUAAGUGGACACUCAGGUGUCCCCAAUGAAAGCGGUUACGAACAUACCAUCUCGAAAGAUGCAAAGGAUGUGGUAGAGGGUAAACCGGGUGUUAUCGAAUCUACCGAGUUGGCUCCGUUGGGUGAUGAGAAGGUAGCUGCCGAUCCCGGUUUGAUCUCCCAGGCUACUAGCCUAGCGAAAGAUGCUUACAACGCUGUUGUCGGAGAGAAAUAG